ACGCUGAAACAACACGUCAUUACAGAGGAAAUUAUGUUAUGGAGCUGAUGUCCUCUCUGAGGAGACGAUUGAUCCGUCAAGUGUGACAAUUAAUGCUAUGACGGACAGAAGACAGAGGUGGAUGGAAUGGCAGCAGCAGUGGAUGCAUAUAGUUGGAAGGAUUAAAGUGGCGGAUGUCUGAGGGAACUUAAGAGGAAUCUCUUCACGUAUCGGAUGAAAUAAGGUAGGCAACAAAAUGUGUCAAAACCGAGAUAUGAUGUUUUUACUAUGAGCAGGACAAGGCAGAAAGACUGUGGACAACAGAAAUAUUGUAUGUUUUUGUUGACUACACUGAUUUAACCAAUAGCUGGAGUGCAGGCCAUCAUCUAAUCUUUAUUUGAGCUGUUGUAAUGACUCAGUUUCUCUCUAGAAUUAACACUGCACUGGUUUGUUUGCAGGACAGGGUGACAGUGAGCCAAGCGUCAAGCUCAUACAGCUGUGAGUUUAUCCAGAUUUCACUGGAUAAACUUCAAAAAUGUCAACCUUUGAGUCGAGCUUUGAGCCAUGGUGACGUGAAGCAGUGGAAUUUGCCAUCCUAAUUAAAAUGUUAAUAUAGUUGUUUUUUACAGUUGGUUUGAUUUCCUAACAACACUGCCAACUGUUAUAUGUCAGUGUUGGCCGUUUGUGCGUCCACAUAUGGUGUUAACGGCCUAGAAUAGAUUAUUUUAGCUCACAUGUAGACACCUCACCCGAGGUUAUCCAGGUCAAAUUAAAUCAGAGUGCAGAUAACCAGAUUAAGAGAGCCGUGUUAUUUGGCAAUCUAUCAAUCUGCUGAGGCAAGUCUGGUUUCUGUCUGUGACGCAAUUCUGUUCAUGAGUCAGAAUCAAAGCAAAGCAGUGUCACAGUGCAGUGUCUGAACACCAGGAAUACCAACGGCAGCUGUGUAAAUAGUACAUGUGGGGAAAGUGAGAGUAAAUAAUAACAAACUUUACCCAUUUUUAGAUGAUUUAAGUACUUCUAUUCAAGGAUACUUUGUAUAAUAUGGUUAUUUAUCAUAUUUAAAAACUUUACCAAAUGCCACCAGUGUUAUUAGUUGUAAAUAAGAAUCAUGGAUCCAUUACAUCAUUUCUUGUUUUACUUAAGUUUGAUCCUUUUUCUUUUGUGUCAAAAGGCAAUUUUUCCCAUCAUUCCCAAGAUCCCAUUAUGUAUCUAUGUGAUAUAAUGUAGAGCAAAGAUUGGUGAAGGUCAGUAUUAUAAGACCAUUAUUAUGGUCUUGUGUGAUGAUGAUGAUUGAAGUUCUCAUAUGAAGCAAAAUGUAUUAAAAAUAUUAGGAUACCAGGUUAUUUAUUCCAGAUUUGAAGGCAGCUCUUGAUAAGGAAUUCAGUUUUUUGCUUAAAUUAAAAAUGGUUCUUGUAGACAAAGAAAUCAACACUUUGUAUUGCUAACAUUUGGCUAUGUAGCAAUAGCAUACACUGAAGUGACAUAGUAAAGCAAGUGGAAACUUUACAUUUUAUCCUACAGUCUGAUGGGUCUAAAUUAUGACUUUUUGCCUUUCAAAGAUCAUUUGUUGUGGUCCAUCAUCCAGUGAUUUUCUGGUAAAAAUCAACAACUUCUUAGAGGCCUUAACCUUGUAACUGACUAUGGAAAUUCCUUUAACUGGAUGUUGGUAAGUGAUAUGACUUUAAUUUGAAAAGAACAGUAUGACAGGAGUUAGCAGAAGUGUUUCCCAUUAGAUCUAAGUCCACUAAACCAAUAAGCUUGUCUGACUGAAACUCUGACCUUUGGCCUCUAAAGGGUUAUGGUGUCUCACGUAUAGAGAAAGAAAUACUCCCGUUUGUGUGUGUGUGUGUGUGUGAGACGUGGCAGGAUGGGUACGUUCGUGACCCUGGCAGAGGUGUUGGAGGGCCGGGGUUCACCACUGGAUGAAGAUGAGGUCUGGUGCCUGCUGCUCGCCACCACUGAGGCUCUACUGGACAUCUCCAAGAAACGUUCGGGCAACAUGUACAGUGUGCUAAGUCCAGGCUCAUUGCUGCUAUCAGCCAACGGGAGUUUGGCCCUCAAGAGUUGUGCACGAAAUGAAGACGUGGCCUCCUUCACAGCUCCUGAGGUCCAACAGGUUCAUGCCACCUCCACCAGGAAUCAAGCUGAAAAGAUGGUUGUGUAUUCACUGGGGAUGACUCUUUACUGGUGCGUUGACUAUCAUCUUCCUCAUAAUCAGCCGGUCCAGCUGAGCUCGGAGCUGGAAGGUUUGCUGCUCAGCAUGUGCGAGGAGAUGGUGGUGAGAAGGCCCGACCUCCUGACCGUGCUUGAGACCUGUGAGCUUCACCAUAAGGCUGCGAUGCUGCCUCCAGCUGAAUGCCUUAUAAGACAGCUGGUUGAAGAUGUCUACAGAAACUCAGAUGAUCACAUGCCCAUGGUUGAAAAUGGAUCUAAGCUGACAGACCGCAGUCAAAUGGUCAGAGACAGAUUACACAGGGGAUCUUUUAGUAACUCAACAUGGGCGCUGAAGAAGAAGAUUUCUAGCACAUUCUCAGUGGCUUACCCAUCCAAGCCUAUGGGGAUUCCAACGCAAGGUCGAAACAGGGAGACGUACGGCAGCUGGCAGCAGCUGAACCGCAGCCCCUGCAGUCCGUACUUGGACGCUAAUCGAAACAGCAACUUAAGAUCCCUGGCACAGUUUGAGUCUACAGUUAGUCUGAAUGAAAAGAGAGUGAAGGACUUUGGCCCCGAGUUCAUUAGAAUGUUAGAUGAAGCACUUGUUGUCUUGGAGCUGCCCGGAUCAAUCGUGUCAAAGAAAGGGAAAUCUCCAACCACUCAGCGAGAGAUAAGUGUGGUGAUGCCAAACGGUCAAAGCAUCCUGGUCAAGUGUGAGGUGAAAUCCCGAGGAGGCGACGUCUUUGACAUGAUUGUGGCUCACUCCAACCUGAUGGAGCAUUUCUACUUUGGCCUUGCUUAUAGUGAUGAUAAUGAGUUCUUCUUCCUGGACAACGACACAAAGAUUUCCAAGGUCGCACCAGAUAGCUGGAAGAAAGUGCCUACCGCCACCUUUGUUCUCUAUUUCAGGGUUAAAUUCUUUGUCAGUGACAUUUCCCUUCUGUUGCACAAUCAGACCCGUCACCAGUACUACCUCCAGCUCAGGAGAGACCUAUUGGAUGACAGGCUGUCCUGCCAUGAGGAGUCAGCUCUGUAUCUGGGAGGGCUGGCACUGCAGACAGAGUAUGGGGACUGCAUGCCUGAGGUGUUCGGUAGGAACUACUACCGCCCUGACCAGUAUGUCCCCAAGAGUGUGAUGGAGAAACGUGCCUUGCCUUACAUUCAAGAGGAGCUAAUUCGACUUCACUCCAACAACGCUCAGAUGCUGAGUGACGAGUCCAAGCUCGAGUUCCUCAAAGUGUGUCAACAGUUGCCUGAAUACGGUGUAUUCUUCCACCGUGUGACACGUGAAAAGAAGCCAAUAGAAGGAGAGAUUAUCCUCGGGGUUUGUGCCAAAGGAGUCAUCAUCUGUGAGGUAAAAGAUGGCAGCAGAUCCACCAGUCAGAAUUUCUACUGGAGGGACACUGCAACCAUCUCCUCAAACAGGCGGAAAUUUGUAGUAGAGAGUCGUGGCUGCAAGAAGAAGUCUACUUUCAUCACAGAAAGUUCAAAGAUAGCCAAGUAUCUGUGUAACCUUUGUUCAGCCCAACAUAAAUUCAACAAUGAGAUGAACUCUCGUCAGCUCAGCCACAGCCUCACCUCAGAAUCAAAUAUGGUGCAGUAUGCGGGACUGUGUCGUGGCCAGAGCAACCAGCUCAAGUCUGUCUCGUGCUCAGAGACACCACAGGAUGAAAGUGGUCUAACCACACCUCGGGACGAGUCCCUGUCCAAGAUGUGUGAUGACCUCACGGCCAGGGUUGAGGCUCGCAUUAAACAGCAGCGCCAAAUCAACAAUGAGCAGAGUACCUUCUUCAGCAGCCAGCGCAGUAGCCCUGCGAUGCGUUCCCCAGCAUUCUCUCACAGGAGUGUAUCUGAAGCUCCCUCUGGUUCUCCAGCAGCUAGAGAAACCCCAACUAAAAUGAGGUCGCCAUCAGAGCGAGAAGUCAUAUGUGUGUCUUUAAAGAAAGACCCAAGGCUUGGCCUUGGUAUAAUAAUAGUGGGCGAGGACACAGUUGGAUGUUAUGAUUUGGGCAUCUUUGUUGCCUCUAUUGUGCCUGGUGGACCAGCUGAUAAGGAUGGACGCAUCAGACCAGGUGGUCGCCUGAUCUCUCUGAACCACGUCAGCCUGGAGGGGGUCACCUACAGCGAGGCGGCAGAGGUCAUGCACAGCAGCCCAGAGGAGGUGCAGCUCAUUGUCUCACAGCCAAAAGUUCGCCUCAGUCCCAACUGCGUGCGCUCACCUGUGCUGAGAAACUACGAAUCCCAGAAUAUGGUGAUGGCAGAUGGCCGAUCAGACGACAACAGCGUGGAUGAGGUCAUUUCAGUCAUGAUGACGCCGAAGACCACUAACAGGCUACACGUCCCUGGUGACGUCCGAGUCCUUGGAGCACAGGAUGCAUCGUCUCUGUCGUCGUCCUCCCUGAACUGUGUGAGACCUGAGGAGAUCACUGUGGAGCUCAGGAAGAUGUCAGGAAGUCUAGGCAUCAGCAUCUCUGGUGGCGUCGACACAAACCUUCCUAAUGGAGGAAUUUACAUCAAGAGGCUUGUUUCUGGAGGAGCAGCUGAGAGAGACGGACGCAUACAUAAAGGCGACAGACUGUUGGAGGUGGAUGGUGUUAAUUUCCAGGGCUUCACUUACCAGCAGGCUGUGGAUUGUUUGAGUAAAACUACUGAGGUGGUUACCAUGGUUGUGGAGAAGGAGCUGAUGAACCUGUCCACGGUUUCUCUCAGUGCGGACACCAGCAGCAGUGUGUCCAAUCAGAGUCUCAGUCCAGCGUCCAGCAGGCCCAGACUCAAGAGCUCCUCGUCCACCAGCACUCCUCCAAACACGAUCAGCGAGCGACGCAAAGACUACAGCUUUGUCACUGACGAAAACACCCAGGAGGUGACGCUGACUAAGAAUGCCAGUGGCCUGGGCUUCAGUUUCCUCAUGUGCGAGGUGGAUCCGCCCACCCGGGAGUUUAGCAGCCUGGUGCGCAUAAAGGAGCUUUUCCCGGGUCAGCCGGCUCAGCAGAGCGGCAGAAUCCAGGAGGGAGACGUCCUGUUGGCCAUCAAUGGCCAGUCACUCAAGGAGCUCUCCUAUCCAAAGGUGCUAAAAUUGUUCAAGAAUUCACCACCUGAAGUUCAACUGACACUCUAUCGGCCUCCCCCUGGGCUUCUUCCCUCCAUCGAUCAGUUCCCCGGCACAUGAGCAACCUCACAGCGAUGGACGGAAGGAAACAAGGCUGUUUUUUUUCAAGAGCAUCGACGUGACCUCGCUCGACACCAACGCUGCAGAAAGGUUCAUUGAAGAGACCGACAUGGAUCAGGAUCAGGAAGUCACAGUGGUUGGACGCUGUAUGACACUAUCAUGUCAAAUCCUGUGGGAUUAUGAAGCAGAUGUGUGGAUUAAAAAGG